CUCGCGCGCGCGCGGGGUCGCGCGGACGCGGGUCGGGCCGCGGGUGCGGGGAGGUCGCCGGGCCGCCCGCGCCGCCGCCCCUUGCCUGACGCACGGAGGGGCCGGGACGCGAUUUGCCGCGAGCGGCUGCAGUCGCCGCCGCCGCCGCCGCCGCCGUCCAGGCCCGCUCCGCCCCCAGCCCGCCUUCCUCCCGCCUCGCCCUCCGCCUCCGUCCGCGCUUCGCUCGCUUCCCCGCGUCCUCCCCACCAACCCCGGAGGUGCCGGCCGCCCGCGCCCGCGCCCGCACCAGCCAGGCUUCACACUCAGUGUGGAGUCCAACUGAGAUCAAGACCGGGGCUGAGAUCAAGAGUCAGACGCUUAACCAAUUGAGCCACCCCAGGGGCUCCUACCAGUCUUAAUUUUCUUGUCCUUGAGCUUCAUAAACAGUAUUGAAGUCAUUAAAAAUGAGAAGUGCUGCUUUGUGCCUCCUACCUAAGUGAAGUGAGAAAGUUUACUGGAGUAAAAUGGAGGCCUCAGUAAUAUUACCCAUCCUGAAGAAAAAACUUGCGUUCCUUUCAGGAGGAAAGGACAGACGGAGUGGCCUCAUUCUGACAAUUCCAUUAUGCCUGGAACAGACAAAUAUGGAUGAGCUGAGUGUUACCUUAGACUACCUACUCAGCAUUCCAAGUGAAAAGUGUAAGGCUAGAGGAUUUACCGUGAUUGUGGAUGGCAGAAAAUCACAGUGGAAUGUGGUGAAAACAGUAGUCUUAAUGCUACAGAAUGUUGUUCCAGCUGAGGUGUCCCUUGUUUGUGUAGUGAAGCCUGAUGAAUUCUGGGAUAAGAAAGUAACACAUUUUUGUUUUUGGAAAGAAAAGGAUAGACUUGGCUUUGAGGUUAUUUUAGUGUCUGCCAAUAAAUUGACUCGUUAUAUAGAACCAUGCCAGUUAACAGAAGAUUUUGGUGGGAGUCUCACCUAUGAUCACAUGGACUGGUUAAAUAAGAGACUGGUUUUUGAGAAGUUUACAAAAGAAUCUACAUCAUUACUAGAUGAACUUGCUUUGAUUAACAAUGGAAGUGAUAAAGGCAAUCAGCAAGAGAAAGAAAGGUCUGUGGAUUUAAACUUUCUUCCAUCAGUUGAUCCUGAAACAGUUCUUCAGACAGGGCAUGAAUUGUUGUCCGAAUUACAGCAGCGUCGAUUUAAUGGCUCAGAUGGAGGGGUCUCAUGGUCUCCUAUGGAUGAUGAACUGCUGGCCCAGCCACAGGUUAUGAAAUUACUAGAUUCGCUGCGAGAACAGUAUACUCGCUACCAGGAAGUUUGUAGGCAACGUAGUAAGCGUACACAGUUAGAGGAGAUUCAGCAGAAGGUGAUGCAGGUUGUGAACUGGCUUGAAGGGCCUGGAUCAGAACAGCUACGAGCCCAGUGGGGGAUUGGAGACUCCAUCCGGGCCUCCCAGGCCCUACAGCAGAAACAUGAAGAGAUUGAGAGCCAGCACAGUGAAUGGUUUGCAGUGUAUGUGGAACUUAAUCAGCAAAUUGCAGCACUCUUAAAUGCUGGGGAUGAGGAAGAUCUUGUAGAACUGAAGUCACUGCAGCAACAACUUAGUGAUGUUUGCUAUCGACAGGCCAGUCAGCUGGAAUUUAGGCAGAAUCUCUUACAAGCAGCUCUUGAAUUUCAUGGUGUUGCCCAAGAUUUGUCUCAGCAGUUGGAUGGCUUAUUAGGGAUGUUGUGCGUAGAUGUAGCACCAGCUGAUGGAGCAUCGAUUCAGCAGACUUUAAAACUGCUUGAAGAGAAGCUGAAAAGUGUUGAUGUAGGAUUACAAGGUUUGCGUGAAAAAGGUCAAGGACUUCUGGAUCAGAUCUCCAAUCAGGCAUCCUGGGCCUAUGGAAAGGAUGUAACCAUUGAAAAUAAAGAAAAUGUGGACCACAUACAAGGAGUGAUGGAAGAUAUGCAGCUUAGGAAACAAAGAUGUGAAGACAUGGUAGAUGUGCGAAGGUUAAAGAUGCUUCAGAUGGUACAGUUGUUUAAAUGUGAAGAAGAUGCUGCCCAGGCAGUAGAAUGGCUAAGUGAACUUCUGGAUGCCCUGCUUAAGACCCACAUCAGAUUGGGUGAUGAUGCUCAGGAAACGAAAGUUUUACUGGAAAAGCAUAGAAAAUUUGUUGAUGUUGCACAGAGCACUUAUGACUAUGGAAGACAGUUGCUACAGGCCACAGUUGUGUUGUGUCAGUCUCUGCGCUGCACAUCUCGGUCAUCUGGAGACACACUUCCUCGACUGAACAGAGUAUGGAAACAAUUUACAAUAGCAUCUGAAGAGAGAGUGCAUAGGCUGGAAAUGGCUAUUGCAUUUCACUCAAAUGCUGAAAAGAUUUUGCAAGACUGUCCGGAAGAGCCUGAAGCUAUUAAUGAUGAGGAGCAAUUUGAUGAAAUUGAAGCAGUUGGGAAAUCACUUUUGGAUAGAUUAACUGUUCCUGUAGUUUAUCCUGAUGGAACUGAACAAUAUUUUGGGAGUCCAAGUGACAUGGCUUCCACUGCAGAACACAUCAGAGACAGGAUGAAACUGGUUAGUCUCAAAAGGCAGCAGCUGAGACAUCCCGAAAUGAUGACCACAGAGAGCUAAUAGCUACCAGCUUCCCACAUAUCUGCAGUUCAUAAUCCCGCAUGUCGUUGGCAUACUACAGCAUUAGCCGCAAUACAUUAAGAUACAUUUCACAGCCAGGAUAAGCCUCAUUUCUUUCCAUUUUACAUUUCUUUCUACAUGUUAACACCUUGCAACUACCAAGGCAUCAUUAUUUAACUUGCUUUGAGACCAUAGACUCCAAGUAUCUUAAAAGAAGGAACUGUAAACAUUGCACUGAAAACUUGCUUUAAAGCUUUACCUGACCUGUCAAUUUGUAGAUGAACAACUGAUAAUAAGCUUUGAAUGGUGCUAAUAAGAGUUUAGGAAAUCUCUCUAUAAAAAAAUGGUUGACCUUCCUCCCCAGGUGAUGUAGUAAAUUUAGACUAUAGUUAAAUUGUUAUUAAUAGACAGUGGUGUACUCAAAAAAUUUACUUUGUAAUUCUUCUUCAAAAUUGAUUAUUUUUAUUGUGUCAGUAUGAAGAAAACCUUCAGAUCUUUGAUAUAUCAUAUUCAUUAAAAGACAUUUUCCUAUUUGUAUUGAUAAUGUAUUAAAAGUUGUUUGUGCUUAAUAAAAGUCUUCUUUUAAACAUCUUAUUUAAUUUGGUGGUUAUAUCCUAUUUCCAAAUAUGAGUGCCUUAUUUCAAAGGGCAUUCUUAGGAUUGUGAGGAUGGUUUAAUACUUGUUUUUUCAUGUUGGCUGCAUGUGUUUUAGCCAGGAAAUUCAUAUGUAAGCAUGUGUAUGUAAUAAGCAUGUUUAAUUAUGAAAAAUAAUUGUGAAGAGCAAUUUAGAUCUUAAAGAACUUAAAAAUAAUGGAAUACUAUUUCUAAUUGUUCUCUUCUUCAAGUUGAAAAAUAUCCAAAUUAUUAACUACUCUGAAGAUACUUUGUCUUUGGGGAGGAGGGUUGGGGAAGAAGGCAUACAUAAUUACUUAAGUGUAACCCUUUAUAUCAGAGGAAUAUUUCUGGAAUGAAAAUAGCAAAUGUUAAUAAAAUUUAAUUUCUCAUGAUAGACUAGAAGCAAAAUUCUGAAGCAGUCUAAUAACAAAAAUUGUACAACUCUUUUAAAAAUAAAAUUUAUAAAAUUUUAAUGCUUUUAAGUUUAUAUUAAGUUUAAAUAGUAAAGUACAUAUUUUUUGUGUUAAUUUUUAUUUCAGAAACUGUUUUUGAAAAAAAUUAAAAUCUUUUAGUCUGUGAUCAAUACAAAAUUAUGCAAAGAAUUGUAUGCUGGUUCCUUUCUCAUGUCCACAAAAAUGUUCAUGUAUCCUCCAAUGCAAAAAACUUCCGCUGAACUUGCUGGUUUCUCCAGCCUUCUUCACUGUCAGACCUCUUGGAGAAAUCCAUAUCCAUUCCCCCUGCAUCCUCAUUGCUCACUGUUCAACACCUUGCAAUCUGGUUUUACACAGCCACUUCAGUGAAACUCUUCUCAGUGGGCUCUCAGUUACUGAAUUGAACGAUUGUUUCUUUUGGCAUGCAUUCCUUAUCUUUCUCUGUCUCUGCAACAUUUACACCAUUGAGCAACCUUUCCUAGAUGGUGUCUUGUCCCUUGAAGAUGUCAUCCUCUGCCAUAACUGUUGAAUGCAGUCACAUAACUCUUAAAAUGUAUCUACUAAAAUGUGCUUUCAGAUUCUGUCUUCAGACUGCUUCUGGAGGGAUCUCAUCCUUGGGGUUUCUAUUUUAUUUUAUCCCAGUGUUUUUUGUUCCAUAUCUGGUCCGAAAUGUCAGGCCCAUACUUUCACCUACCUACUUAACAUUACAGCCUAGAUGAAGUCAUCCUCUUUUUCACUUUUCUUCUCUCUGAGCAAUUUUGGUUAAUUUUUUUCUAGUCAAACAUGUCAGAAAAUCCUCCCAGAAGCUGCUACUACUUCUGAGAACAUUCUGGAAAUUCCUUCUAUAUUUGAUAUCUUCUCAGUCUUUUAGGACUUCUGAGUAUGAACUUUUGUGAUUCUUCAUUUCAGUUUUCAUAAUGGUGCUAACCACAUGCUACAAUUGUUUAUUGAUGUCUGUGCCUGCUACAUUAUAAUCUCUAUUGAGGGAAGGGAUCUUGUGGGACUCUCCUGUUCCCAGCCUUUUGCUCAUAGUUGCUCACUUCCUCUGUAUGUGAAUGGUCUGUUGUAGGCAUUAGUAAUAAUUCCCUCUGUUUUUUAGUCUGAAGUGUGUUUUAAAUAUAUUUCCUAAAAUUAUGACUGACUCAUCAAUCUACUCAUAAGGAAGUCAUUUGGUAUUUUAGAUACUUACAUAUUAGGUAAUAUAGAUAUUUAGCUACACUCAAGAUCUAUUCUGAAUUUCAGAAUAGUAAGAAUAUUUUUAUUAAGACUUUGCUAGAAAGGAACUGCACUGUAAGUAAUGGGACUCUUAGUUUUAUCAUCAGCUUGACUACUUACUGUCCAAUGAGUUAAUUUUUAAUAUGCCUUAAGCUAUCCAGCCUACAGCAAGAGUAAAAUAAGGCAUCAUCUGGAAAUGUUAUUUGUAAUUUGAGGAUUUCAGAUGAAACUGAAUAUGCUUUUGACAGGAUACUGUUGCUCUUCAUUUGUAAAUUUGCUGCUACUUUUAUAUGUAUACAUACAUAUAAAAUACAUAUGGGUAUUCAGUGAUGACUGAAAACCCAACAAUGCCCUAAUGUGUUUUUUUUUUUCAUAGCAUUAGAGUUUACUUAGAGUACAUGUGAAGGAAGUGACUGCAGUCUGUUUGAAAGCAUGAGUUCUUUGUACAUCAAGAAUUAAUGUUGGCCCACAAAUGGAGAAAGAACCAUCGUUUCUAUCUGCCAUUAUUGGUAUAUGCCACAACUUUCUACAUUACUUUAGCUCAUCUCAGGGAAUUCUUGAAGUGUUAAUUGGGCUAGUUUUAUUUUGUUUUUUAUUUGUUCGUUCUUGUUUGGGGGAUUUUUUUCCCUCUUGCCUUCUUAUUGUAUAUUUGCUCCUUUUUAAGCUCAGUAUAUAACAGUCUUGACAUCUGUUCUUCACACGUCUGGCCCAGCAAAGUUAAGAUGCAAAGAUGGUAACUUUAUUUUGGAUAAAAUUAACUUCAUUCCAAUCCUCAUUGUUGUCGACCUUACUCUGCUAGGAUGACUCAUUGAUGAUGGUGAUGAAACUGCUCAGUCCGCCAGCCAGGAUGUUGAUGGCAGGUCUAGGCUUCAUUACUGUGUAGAAGAUUGGAUACUACUCUCACUUUGUAGGCAUUUAAAUUGGCCAGCGCUCCUGAGUGUUAACUAGUAUUGAUGUGUUGUUUCAUUACCUGUCAGUUGAAAUAUGGGGUGUGCUGUUUAGUUUGUUAUUGUUGGUGGCAUACGCUUUAAGGUGAACAUGAUGAUUACAUUCUGAUAGUGCUGAGCAAACCAUACUCUGUUGUAAACCUGUUGUAACCAAUGGCAUUAUUGUGAGAUUAGCUGAACGUAACUCACUGUAGGGCCUACAGUCAGAGGAAGAACUCUGAAUUCUCUACUACAUUUAAGUUCCUUGCCAGAGAGAUUGGAUAUUGCUGUGUACUCUUCCCAUCCUCACAGGACCAUAGUAAAAUCCUGUGGUUCCUAAGAACUAAACAUGCUGUGGUUGCUAAAGUCCUCCACAUUUUGAGCUUAUUGAAAAUGGUAUGGGAAACUAACAUCAGUAAAUAUCGUCAGUGACAAGAGUUACGUGGUUGAGAUAUCUUUGGUUAAACCCCCAAAGGAAAAAUUCCCUAGAAUUAAGAAGAUAGGCUGGAACAUACCUGACCAGUUAGUUCCCUAAUUAGUAAACUUAUCAGUGUUAACUUUCAGUUCUGAAAAUAAACAGCUUCAGUUGGAAGUGGAAAAUAUACUUCUGAUAUGGAGGGCAACAGAUACCU